CGUAAAUUUUUUAACGAUUUUCGGUUCGCUGGCACCGUUCGCUCGCUGUAUAGUUAUAUCCGCGGUGGGCGAGUUUACGUUCUUACAAAUUCCAGAAUAAAUCGUUCUCGACUCUUAUUUGGCACGGCAGCUUAGACACAGCAUGACGACAAAUAAAAUUCCCCCAUCCAAUAUUCGAGUGCCGAAAGUUCUGGAUCACCCGGGUUCAAACAAGCAACAGCCGCAUCAACCCCCAAUGUUGGCGGGGGCGCAGCCUGCCCAGGUGACCGGGCCGGUGGGGCCCCAUCACCCUCGAAAAGGGAAAAACCCCAAGAACCUCAAUAAGAUCCAGAACGAGAGGCUCAGUUUGACCGAGGCCGCUAAACUAGUUUACAAUGGUGACCUGAACGGCACAGGGAUAAACAGUAAGACCCCGGUGUCGGUUUUGCAAGAGCUCCUGAGCCGUCGGGGGAUCACCCCCAAGUACGAGCUGUUACAAAUCGAGGGGGCCAUUCACGAGCCCGUGUUUCGCUACAGGGUGUUUUUGAACACCGACUUCGUUGCUACCGGCACGGGAAGGUCUAAGAAGGAUGCCAAGCAUGCUGCUGCUAAGAAUUUAUUGGACUUGUUGGUGGGCAAGGUGACUUCUGAGCAGGCGAAUCAGGCCAACGGGGCCCCUGGCGCCACCGAUAUUACUGCCCAAGUGGUUUCCCCAUUCGACGAUAAGGUGAUGGGCAACCCUAUCGGGUGGUUGCAAGAGAUGUGCAUGUCUCGCAGGUGGCCCCCACCAUUUUAUGAGAUGGAGAACGAGGAGGGGUUGCCCCACGAGAGGCAGUUUACCAUCGCUUGUCAGGUGUUAUCCAUGAGGGAAAUCGGCACAGGAAAGUCUAAAAAGUUGGCAAAACGGUUUGCUGCCCACAAGAUGUGGCAGGCCCUACAAGACUUACCGAUGGAGGGCAACAAUUUGCCCGGAUUUGACAGUGACGAGGACUUGAGUGCCGGCAAGGGGGCCCUGGUGUCUCAGCGGUACUCGGGCCUGAAAGACAGCAAAAUCAACAAGUUAAGCACCCAGCAGUCGCAUAAAGUGUCCCAGUUUCAUAAGGCCCUGAAACAGAGCGCCGGCAAGAAGUUGAAUGAUUUACAGACGGUCAAUCUCUCGGCCAAAGACUUCAACUUCGUCAAUUUCCUGCAAGAGAUCGCCUCCGAGCAAAACUUCGAAGUCACAUACGUGGACAUCGAGGAAAAAUCGUUGACCGGCCGUUGUCAGUGUCUCGUCCAAUUGUCGACUUUACCGGUGGCCGUCUGCUUCGGCGUCGGUAAAACCCCGAAGGACGCCCAAUCGAAUGCCGCCCAUAACGCCCUCGAGUACCUGAAGAUCAUGACGAAGAAGUGAAACGAGAUCGGGUCGCCCCGCCGCCCCCCGAUUAUUGAUCGACGCCCGACGACGCCACCGCCGCAGGACGCGGACUAUUCGUAAACUAAUAAACCGGAUAUUUCUCGCGAAUUCCGGUUAAUUCGAGGUUUUUCUUUUCGUUUUGUCCUUUUCCUAAUAUGGCGAAAGUCGUUAAAUUUUCGGUUUUUUUUUUUUGGCCGGGUGCACUUUUUGGGUUUUCUUUGAGUUUGAGCGAGAGGAAAUUGAUUUUUAUUUGCACCGGUUUGUGGAGCUUUUUUUUCCGAUUUCAACGAUACCAAACACCCUAUAGUUAUCUCCAAUAGUUUAGGAGAUAUUUGCGAAAAACAUUUGGUCCUUCGAGCCGGAUUUUGCACUUUAAGUCGUUAUAUCUUGGAAACUAUUCAAGGUAACCCCAAGGUGUUUGGGCUCAUUUUAAUCAGUAUAAAAUUCUCUAUCCAACUGGUUUAAAACCCUGAUAAUUAAAAAAAUAUAUUUUUUUCAAGUGCUUGGAAAAUAAUUUUUAUUUGCAUAGCUCCACAGAGCUUUCUUUUCCGAUUCCAUUAAUACCAAACACCCUAUAGUUAUCUCCAAUAGUUCAGGAGAUAUUCGCGAAAAACAUUUGGUCCUUCGAGCCGGAUUUUGCACUGUAAUCGUCAUAUCUUGGAAACUAUUGAAGAUAACUAUAUAGUGUUUGGGCUCAUUUUAUUCAGCAGAAAAUUCUCUAUCCAACCAGUUAAAAAUCUAAACAAUUAAAAAAAAUAUUUCAUUUUCAAGUUCCUGGAAUAUAAUUCUCAUUUGCAUAAGUCAAUAGAGCCUUCGUUCGUGAUUCUAUUAAUACCAAACACUCUAUAUCUAUCUCAAAUACUUCAGGAGAUAUUCACGAAAAACAUUUGGUCCUUCGAGCCGGAUUUUGCACUUUAAGUCCUCAUAUCUUGGAAACUAUCGAAGAUAACUAUAUAGUGUUUGGGCUCGUUUUAAUCGGCUUUAAAUUUCCUAUUACCUUAUCUCACUCUUGACCCCCUACUGUAUACAGGGUGGUCACAAUUUAAUUUAUUUCAUGCUAAAAGUGCACCCGGCGGCACAAAAAAAAAACUAAUAAUUUACGCAACAAGCACAAAAUACUGUGCGGAUUUUUGUGAACAAAAGUCGGAAGGAUAGCGUGUGUUUAUUACAAGCUAUACUUUGCAUAGAAUUAGUGGUUUUUUUUCAAAGAUAAUUAAUUAAUUUUGUUUUCGCGCGUUAGUAGCUUAACGGAUAAUAAUAAUAAUAAUAAUUGUACAACCCUUAGUACAAUUUAUUAUACGGUAAUUAUUAAUCACCCUAUCUUAGGCACUUAGUGAGUUAUUAUUAUCGUUAUAAUUAUUAUAAUAUAUAGUGGAGUGCCCUGCGUUGUAAAGGGAGCAUUUAUUUAAUGCAAAGUAUAGAGGUUGUACCCCCCCAAUUAAUUAAUUAAAUUAAAUUAACAUAUAUGUCAAUAGACAAAUUAAAUUACUAUCGUUAGUACCGUUUUUCAGGACCGUCCCUGUCCUUUUCUUACUAGUAUUGUUAGUUAUAUUGAUGUGUAUGCUAAUUAAAUAUAUACCGCUUAAAAAAAAUAA